AAAGAAAUCAUGAAUAAUUCUUCCUCCGACGCUAAUUUCAUCUCCAGGCCUAUCUAGAGUGACGAAACAACAAACCUUGAGCCUCUCAACCCGGACAGGCUGUAUGAUAUAAAUCCCGACCGCCAAUAUCGGCAGACAUUCAGUUUCAAGUCUUACCAGACCCAACUCGCAACCUCGCGACAACUCGCGGUAUCUCCUGUACAGUAGAAUAAUCAAUUACUGUGAACUGCAUCGUCUCGUGCGGCUUCAGUCAUGGACCUGUAUCAAGGAAGAUGGGAACUGCUCCCUGACGAAACAACAGGAUUUGAGGAAUUCAGCGAUGCUAUAGGAUGUCCUAAGCAAGGUCGUGAGACGUUUAAGAAGUUGAUAUACGUGGUGGAGUACACGAAAGGCGGCGACAGCUGGCAGGCAAAGGCGGAGGUUAAGGGGUUCGGCGAGCCUAAGGAGUACUCGUGGACGCCGGGGGUGGAGUUUGAGUACGAGGGACUCGAUGGCAUGAAGAUGAAGAGCACGAUCACGUGGGACGGAAGUGCAUGUCAGGAGAAACACGCCUCUGAUGCUGGAGAGUGGGCCUCGGUCAGGACUGUGGAGGGAGAUUUAAUGACAGUGACAUCGGAAAGCAAAGGAGCGUCAAUGGUUCAGAAGUUUAAACGUGCCUGAUGUCAGUGGAACUCCAAGCCACCAUGAAACCAUUGCCGGUCGCCAUUUUGGAAAUGGUAUCAUGGGUACCUGACGUCAGUUUGAAAAAUACGCGACUGUGAUUGCCUGACAAUGCGCAUGCGCAAUGCGGUAUAGGUGUACGCUUCAUAUGCAAUUGUUGCCAUGACUACUGUCAGUGUAUGAUUUGACGAGCAAAAGAUACAUUUUCUGAGUGCAAUACUUUUAUGAGCGAUAUCAAACUUUUAUCAAUUUAUCUUUUUCAUUUUUUAUUGACAUGAAAUUAAAUUAUAUAAUAAUAUUCACACUAGGUUCGACAAUUUUCUUUCGAUCAUUUAUCACUUAUUUCUUCAUGUUUAUUUUUCACCUGACAUGAAAUUAAAUAUAUAUAACAAUAACGAUAAUAGGUUCCGGCAAUUUUCUUUCAUUUUACAUCGAUAUUAUAUAUAAUGUGACAAAAUAGAAAUAAAAUCAUUUAUGAUUGAAAAUCCAUUGUCCAUAAACGCUUUUGUCCGGGAGCCUUUUGAAGGGGUCACUUGCUUUUUAAAACAUUUUCUUGAAAUUUCAAGAUAUCAAGUUGAAAUUUCAAGAAGCUAUUUUGUAAUUUCAAGACACAUACGUUGAAUUUUCCAGUUAAAAUCUAAAAAUUGAAACUUAUUUCAUGCAAUUUCACGAUCCUUAUUUUGAAAUUUCAGCUUAGUGUGUAUCUUGAAAUUGCAAAUUUACAGUAUCUUGAGAUUUCAACUUAUUUUCUUGAAAUUCCAGGAAAAACACAAACAAAAAUUGCCCUAAAAGACAUCCUUACAUUUGUAAAAUGUGGCGACAAAGCAUUGUGAAUGCACUUGAGUUAUAGCGAUAUGGUCAUGUCUAUUUUAGAGUCUUAGCCCAGAAAAUGUUUGAAAGGGGGUUGAACGCUAUAAGGUCAUAUUGUAAGAAUACUUUACUUGUGACACAAGUUAAGUCUGAACAAACAGACAGCUAUUUAACGUGACUGUAAAAGGAAAGUUGCAGGGCAUAAGCUAAGUAACCAGGGGUCGACCCAAACGCCCUGCAUCUGUGACAAGGAUAGUCUUGUCGAGACGUUGUUUACCAUCAACAUCAACGAAUGGUCGACUAUAGUCUGUAUGUGACAAGUUCGCAAUUUGUGUCUGAGUGUGGUAUUCAUGUACCCUGCACAAGUCCGGACAAGUACAAGCAGCCACAUCUAUACUGGUCUUCAGAGGUCUACAGGUAGGUCUGCAGAUGCCUUCAGAUAGGUCUUCAGAUAGGUGUUCAUGGGUCUUCAGACGUUUUCAGAUAGGUCUUCACAGGUGUUCAGAGGUGUUCAGAUAGGUCAUCAGAGGUCUUCAGAUAGGUAUUAAGAUGCCUUUAGAUAGGUCUCCGGAUAGGUCUUCAUGUGUCUUCAUAAGUUUUCAGAUCGGUCUUCACAGGUCUUCAGAGGUGUUCAGAAAGAUCUUCAGGUGUCUUCAGGUGUCUUCAGGUGUCAUCAGAUGUCUUCAGAUGCCUUCAGAUAGGUCUUCAUAGGUCUUCAGAAAGGCAUUACGCCUGUUGACCUAUCCGUUUCAUUGAGAAUAAAUAUUGUUUAAAACAUUCCACCUCACCUCUCGCCCGCAUGUCUGGUUCAUCCGCUUCUCAGCUGUACUUCUACCCCGUACGAAAUUAUAUAGUGGGCUAAUUAGCCAUGUCAAAUAUUUGAGCAAUAUUCCAGUAAUAUCACGGCGGGGGACACCAGAUAUGGGCUUCACACUCACGUAGGAAUUGAACUCCGUGGCGUAAUACUGAACUUAAGCCCAACUUAACCAAUUAUUGACCUCCACCACCAUUUGGAAUUGGGGAAUGUUAUCCCGAGCAUUUGCAAUCAAACAGCUUCAUGAGUGAAUGUGUUAACUUAUUUGUAACCAGUGUUGGAGUGUGUUUAGUUAAUCCUUAAUAUGUACUCACUCUUUACAUGAGAACAAAAAGAAUAUGAUAAGUGGUGAGGUUUUUAUUGAUGAACUGAAAUCACAUAGUUGGAUACACUCGUUCUCUGAGGGCAGAUCGGGGGAUGAUUAACAUCCGUGACUCAAAGGUGUUCAUUUAAGUUAGUGAGUAUGGUUUUACGCCGCCUUUAGCAAUAUUCCAGCAAUAUCACGGCGGGGAACACCAGAAAUGGGCUUAACACCUCCUCUUCAUUCUAAGCUACAGUCCCAACUUGUCACAUAUAGACUACAGCAGUCGUUACUGACGCAUUCGCCCUAAUCCCCACAAGCCUGCUGGGUGAGUAGGGCGAACCCAUUAACCCGCUCUCAGAAAGUUCAAGUUUACUCGACGAUUGAAAUUGAUGAUAAGACAAGCUGAAUCUUGUAGGAUAAAAUGUCAGAUUGAAGUGUCUUAGAUGCUGCAUUUCGUGAGAUAAACUGUCAAAUUAAGGUUUCUCAGCUUUUGCACUUAGUGCGAUAAACUGUUCAAUUGAACUUUCUUAGCUGCUGCAUUUAGUAAGGUAAACUGUCAAAUUGAAGUGUCUUAUCUGUGUGGACGUAUCGUGUUGAUAUACACGAUUAUCGACAUGAAUGUGAGUAUAGACGGAUGUGAUCACGUGACCUGCUCAAUAUGCCCCCUGGUGGUGAGAUGUAUGCUAUGAAUGUCACGCUUGGUAUGGUGUAAUAUCUGUAAUAUAGCUCGCGUCUUAUAUAUCCGCCCUCUUUACGCUGAAGACAUAAAAGGGAGACAAUCGCAUCUGACUUGACCAUGAAUGUUGUUUUGUGUAGUGUAUUCCUGUAAAUCACCAAUACUGUGUUCGACCCCCUAAAUUCAAUUUACAGAUUAUUGAAAACAUGUAAGAAUUAAUAUUUGUUUGAUAAUGUAGAAUAUGAUUAUUAUAAGACCAUUAUCUUUCGGUUACAUUAUGGAUUUAUAUUUUUUCUCAUUAUUUUCUUUUCUGUAGUUGGUUCAGGAGAACAGCAAUCCAAUAUCAAUAUUCAUUAUCGAUUCACAAGCGAUAAUGGGUUUUCCUUUUGUUCACUAUCACUGGUUGUGAAUGUUCGAAUCAAAAUGUCCAUAUACAUGUGGUGCAAGUGAUGCAUGUUAUAUAUGUAGUAGGAAUCCAAUUUAUAUUUUUGUUUUUAUUUUGACUUGUUUCGAACCAGUAUUUUAUAACGUGCCCAAAUGUAACAGUUUGGAAUGUUACGGAGAGUAGUACCUUACAUAAAGAGUGCGUUGUUUUCUAGAAAAGCGAUCCUAUGUUAAAAGAUGUAGUGUACUUUGUUAUUCAGUAUGCAGUAUCAUUGACACGAUAUACCAACCCGUGUACUUUAUAACAGCUAUUUCACUGUGUCGUAAAUAAAACGGUGGAAAUUAAUAAACUAUGAGUUUGGACGUGAAAA